CCGGCUCUUUAUGGAGAAGAGUUUGGGCUGCGUUAUUCUCAUUCCCUGCCAGUUCGUUGCAGCGGCAACGUCUUUCUAUUUUCGUUUCGGCAUUUACAUAUCUUUCUGAUUCGUUAUUUCGGCUCAAGUAACACCACGCUGACACCAUGGAGGAAAAUUGUAGCAUGCUCACUUUCAAUACUCGGCCUCCAAAUGUUCUCCAACACUUGGAAGCUUUGGGUUAUUAUGGCUGGAUCUCCACAAUCACAUUUGGCGUGACCACUUUGAUACUUGUUGCUCUCUUCAUUGCGAACGUUGCCGGCUUUAUUCGACACAGCCCACCGCACCGCAGGCUACUCUUAUGUUGGGUUACCUCUUUCCCCAUGAUAAUUUCUUUCUUGGCACUGAUGACUCUGUUGAUUCCGCGGGCCGGAAAUCUUUGCGAUACCGUCAAACAAAUUUUUAUGCCUUUCACAAUGAUGCACUUUGUGGACUUGACGCUGAAUUUUAAAGGCGGACAAUCGGCUGCGCUGGAGGACCUGUUGCAAUCCAACACGCCCAUGUCCCUAUGCCUUCCGCCGUGCUGCUGUGUUGGACUUUGCGUUCGUCAGCUCGACUACACAAAGAAAAGACUUCGCGUUCUUAAAUCGCUGGUCUAUCAAAUGCCGCUGGUCCAGCUGGCCAUUAUUGUGUUGAUUGUUUUGUUAACUGAGGCGGAAGUCAUUCGCCGAGACAAAGGUCCGGAUGGUGUAUUUAUUUUCUUGAACGUUUUGAACAUCGUUUGCUUUUGUCUAGCCAUGUGGGCAUUCAACAUUAUCACGCGCUCGUUUGCACCCCAACUGACUGCAAUCAAUUUUCUGUACAAAGCGCAAUUAGUUGGGUUGGGGAUUAUGCUGAUGAAACUUCAAAAUUUUGUCCUUGUCAUCUUGAGCGUGAGCGGAGUCGUUCCGUGUAUUCCUCCGGUUACUUCCAGAAUUGUCCUCCAAAAAACAAUCGACGCUUCGUUGACUUUAUUUGAAGCUUUCAUUUUGGGCAUCUUAACUUUCAUUGAAUACCGGAAACUUGAUCGCCAAAACGAAGAGAUGAGUCCACGUCGGCGCCAGUCUCAACCAAAAUGAUCCAUGAAUAAUUUACCAUGUCAUUCAAUCUCUCGUGAAUUUGGCAGGCCUCUUUAUUCGAUUGUUGAAGAUUUGAAACUAUAUAUGCCCCGGAGGAGACCAGCAUAUGCAUCAGGAAUAAAAAAUUAAUUAAUUAUGAGAUUUGACACUUUUGAAAAAUAAGAAAUAAAUAACGAAAUAAUAUUAACAGGCCUUAC